CACUCGCGCGCCUACCAUAGGGCAUCACCGCGGGUGCGGGCACAACCGAGUUUGGAGUCGGUCGUCGCGAGGGUCCGUGUCUGUGUCGUGCAAAGCAGAGAUCCGACAGACAGAUACACAAGCCUAGUCGGUGAAAACCACGGGGGUUCACUCGUCCGUAGGAAAACCCGUCAUCUUCCUGGAGUGUCCGGACAGCACGACCAAGGACACGCCCACGCCGGGCCCACUGGCCAAUCACACUGCAGAACAGGGCAGAUGGGCAGACCAGAGCACACAUUGCACAACAGAGCAGACUAACCUCCACCCAUCACAGCACUGCACAGUCUCAACUGACACAGAUUAGAUCCAAUCACAGUGAAGCACACUCCCACCAGCAGAGCAGGAUCACCAAUCACUGAAGCCCAAGGGGAGGAGCCAGAAACAAAAGGCCCAAUCGCACAACAGUGGUGCUAAAGACCAGUUAGGAUGCAGGGUGGAGCAGAGUCCUGACUUGAUUGGCUGAAGGUUGGUGGUGGUGAGCUGUGAUUGGCUGUGAUGGCGGGCAGGGCGGAGGCUCUGAACCUGUCGUUCCUGCUGGACCACGAGAGGGAGAAGAUCCUGGGAGUUCUGCAGAAGGAUGAGAAGCUCCGCAAGAGAGAGGAGAAACGCAUCAGGAAGCUGAAAAAUGAGCUGCUGGAGAUCAAGCGGCGUGGUCGUCGUAGCGACGCGGAGCAACGGGAGUGUGCGGUGUGCCUGCGGGCGCUGGGAUUGGUCCUUCAGAGGGGGCGUGUCUGUGACCAGUGCCAACACCGAGUCUGCAGCUUCUGCACAGCCACACCCCCAGGAACCAAAGUCACACGCUGCACAGUCUGCACCAAGAUCUCGGAGCUGAAGGUGGCCACGGGAGAGUGGUUUCUAGAGGAGCGCUCUAAACGCUUCAGCCAAGCCUCCAUCCCCAGCAGUGACAUAAUCAAACAGUCCAUCAUGACCAGCCCAGCAGAUGGAAGUCCCACCAGGAAGCCUUCUCUCCAAUCACAGGACAGGUCUCCCACGCCCCGCUCAGAGAGGUCGCCCACUGCCCAAUCAGAGCGCAGCAUUGCCCGGUCCAAUCAGGGUGGAGCCAAGAGGAAGGGGAGCAGUGUGGUUGCUGUUGGGUCGUCAGGGUUACCAACAGUGCCAAACAACCAACGAGCCCAAUCAGCACAGUCACCCACACACCUUGAAGGCCGUAGAAGGCCUGAUGGAGCUGAGAGUGUGUACAGCCUCCGCAGCAGUGAGAGCAUCCCUGAGAAGUUGGCUGGGAGGAGUCGGACUGGUUCAGCCACGCCCUCCAUCGCCGUCUCCAGAGCCUCGCUCUCAUCAGAUCGCAGUCGCUCUGAAGUUGACCUCAGUGCAUCAGGGGCGGGGCUAAAUGAUGGCUCUCUUGCUGGUCGCUGCCGGUCAGUUCCAGGCAUCAAUGAAGCGGACUCUGAUGAGGACAUUGAUGCUCUGAUGUCGGCUCACUACAAAUCAACUCGCAGCAUGAGCAGUGCACAGUCUACGUCGUCCACUCCGGGCUCGGAGCGAAAGACUUACCUAAACGUGCCCGACUCAGACGCUGAGACUAGCAGUCUGAAUAGUAUGAUGAGCGUGUACAGUGAGACUGGUGACUAUGGCAACGCGCGCGUUUCCGGGGAGAUCCUGCUAAACAUCAGCUACAGCUACAAGACAGGCGCUCUCAACGUGAUGGUGAAGGAGUGCCGCUGCCUAGCAACCGGAGACGAACGCAAACAGCGCACAGACUCCUAUGUGAAGACCUAUCUGCUCCCAGACAAAUCACGCCAGAGCAAGAGGAAGACCAGCAUCAAACCCAACACUACCAACCCAGUGUUCAACGAGAACCUACGUUAUGUCCUGAGCCACUCCCAGCUUGAGACGCGUACGCUGCAGGUGUCCGUGUGGCAUAAUGAUCGCUUCGCACACAACAGCUUCCUGGGGGAGGUGGAGUUGACCUUCGACUCCUGGGAGUUUGACCGACAGAUCGAGGAAUGGUUCUCCCUUCAGCCCCGGCUUGAGAGUAGUGCUGAGUCCAUGUUGCAGUAUAAGGGGGAGCUGACCGUGGUUCUGAAGUACAUCCCUGCAGAGAAGAACCUCUCACUUCCCCUGGACCAGGUCCAAGUGGUGAAGAAGGGCUUUCUGAAGGGAAAGAAGAAGAAGAUCACUCUGCCCAAGGGAGGGAGGGUGGAGCUGUUGGUCAAAGAAGCCAAGAACCUCACAGCCGUCAAAGGAGGCUCCUCAGACCCCUUCGUCAAAGGCUACCUCUUGCCGGACAACCGUAAGAGCACUAAGCACAAAACGUCUGUGAUGCGGGGGACAGUGAGCCCGCGCUGGAACCACACGUUUACCUACUGCGGCCUGCAGCCCUCCGACCUGGACAGUGUGUGUCUGGAGCUGACCAUCUGGGACAAGGAGCCGCUCGCCAGCAACGUCUUCCUGGGAGGCGUCCGCCUGGGCGCAGGCACCGGUCUGAGUUAUGGGAAUGAGGUGGACUGGAUGGACUCGUUUGGGGAGGAGCAGCGGCUAUGGCAACGCAUGAUUGACAACCCUGAGGUCCCUCAGGAGUGCACUCUAAUGCUACGCUCCAGCAUGGCCAGGAGGAGCACCUGAGAGAGAGAGAGAGAGAGGAGGGGGGGGAGGGGAUAUGUGUGUGUGUGUGUGUCAGAGAGAUGGAGGGAGAGAUAUUCUUCUGCAAUAUUUGGCCAAACCCACCAUUUAUCCAUGCAUCCCAUUAAAGUGACCUUAAACAUGCCCCCCCCCCACUCUCUCUCUCUCUCUCUCUCACACACACACACACACACACACACCUGCAGUCAUGCAGAAAAUGGCACAAAUCAUGUCAAAUCAUAUUAUGUAAAUAGAUUCAUCAUAAGUGUUGGGAAUGAACUGUUAAAACAAACUGUUUACUGUCAAAGGAAUACUGCUAGUCUCUCUAGGCUUCUUCUCCAAACAGCACAGCUAGACUUUAUUUGGAGCAUACAUACACACACACACACACACAGACACAGACACACACACACACACACACACACACACUGUCAGGAUACCCACAGACUCAGGUCAACAGGAUCAGUUCAGGCAUCAAAGCUGUAUUUAUUAGCAGAAUACGUGUCUCAGUCAAAACUCACAGAAGAUCAAUCCCAAAAUGAACAAGGUAAAUGAGAAGCCUCCAAAAACACAGAAGAUCCAGAAACAGCAUAAACGGAAAUCCAAAAAGAGUCCUUGAAGAAUGUUCAAACGCACAGAGGAACUGACUUAACUUAGGGAGAGAAAAGUCCAGGAUCAAGGGUAGAGAGCACUGUGUGACGGCCAAGGGUACAGAUCUGAGUCUCUGGAACAGCGACGAGGACAGACAGGUAGCCAAGGUCUCAGCUGCUUAAAAAGUGUUUCAGUGUGAUUACCCACAGGUGUGGGUAAUCAGUACUCAGGGGAGAAUGAUUGAGUGGUUGCCGGCGAUUGAGGAGUGGGUGUGGCUGAGGCAGAACCUGGCAUGGCUGUGACACACACACACACACACAUACACACACACACACAUCAAGCACAAAAAAAUGUAUUAAAGAGGAAGGCACAAGCCAAGGAACCACAUAAGAGAGAAACCGCACAACCAAACACAACCUGCCAUUAAAGUAUAAGGGUUUGCACCCACACACACACACUCACUCACACACACACACACAGAUAAGCACAACCAUAUUAGCACACACUGUGUGUGUGGUGAGAAAUGCCCUUAGUCAGAAGAAAAUUAGACAGACAGAGAAUGAGACUAAAAGAAAGUAUCUGUGUCUCAGCAUCCUGUUAGUGUGAGACAUGAGGUGGGUUGAGGCCGCUGUGUCACUGUUAGUGUGAGACAUGAGGUGGGUUGAGGCCGCUGUGUCACUGUUAGUGUGAGACAUGAGGUGGGUUGAGACUGCUGUGUCACUGUUAGUGUGAGACAUGAGCUGGGUUGAGACUGCUGUGUCACUGUUAGUGUGAGACAUGAGGUGGGUUGAGACCGCUGUGUCACUGUUAGUGUGAGACAUGAGGUGGGUUGAGACUGCUGUGUCACUGUUAGUGUGAGACAUGAGCUGGGUUGAGACUGCUGUGUCACUGUUAGUGUGAGACAUGAGGUGGGUUGAGACCGCUGUGUCACUGUUAGUGUGAGACAUGAGGUGGGUUGAGACUGCUGUGUCACUGUUAGUGUGAGACAUGAGGUGGGUUGAGGCCGCUGUGUCACUGUUAGUGUGAGACAUGAGGUGGGUUGAGGCCGCUGUGUCACUGUGAUUCAUGUAGGCUGCUGUUCCGCUGUGUGUGUGUGUGUGUGUAUGUGUGUGUGUGUGAGAGUUUUCUGUGUUAACAUGUCUCUGUGCUACAAGUCUCCUAGACUAGAGAGCAACGUAGCUGAAGUUGCUUUGUGCAGAAAUGAUAAACAUCUAAUCAGGGCAUACCCCCCCCCCCCCCCCCCAACACACACACACAUUCAAGAGGUAGCAUACACACACACACACACAACCACACACAGAGAGACCUGGAAAUAGCUACUCUUUUACCCACCUACUACAAAUUCAUAUGAUCUUUAGCUCAUAGAAGCAUCAUGGGAGGACAUGACACCUCUAUGAGCUGCUACUACACACACACACAGAAAGAGAAGCACACAUCUCAUCCAAAGCUCCCAGUCCACAGUUGAUUCCCUACCAAAAUGCGCUAUACUUUUGUGUGUGUGUGUGUGUGUGUGUGUGUGUGUGUGUGUGUGUGUGUGUCUGAGUAGGCAGAUGUUUGUGUGUGUACGUGAGAGUAAAAGAGAGUGUAUCUGAGUAAGGAUAUGUUUGUGUGUGUGUAUCUGAGUAGGGAUGUGUGUGUGUGUGUAUCUGUGUGUCUGUGUCUGUCUGAG